UGGACGCAUCCAUCAAAAUGUUUCCGAGUGUCUGAUGGUUAUUUUUCCUUCGAGUAUUUUCCUUUUGCUUUCUUAGUUAACUUUAAUUCUUUUACUUCAGAAUGCAUAUCAGAAGAUUAUUCGACCACACCAGGUUCCCAGACGGGGGCUCGGUGGUACUGACUACACUCUUCUUUCCGUUCGGCCUGGCUCUGGUAAUCAUUAGAAUAUUCAUCAUGAUGCACGCUCUACUGGUGUCAUGUAUACUACCAAAGUGUCAAGCUACCAGCUUCAUUCUGAAAUCAUUGUUUGGAGUUGUGGGCAUUCAAGUAAUGGUCCAAGAGGAUAAGCGUAAUAAACAUCCCAACAAAAUCAAGCCCAAAAUUGUUGUAGCCAAUCACGUGUCUUAUCUGGAUCACAUGGUCAUAGAUCUAAUCCAGCCAAGUGUAGCGCCGGAUGAAGUUGGUUUCUCUUCGUUCUUUCGUUGGCUGUUUUCAUAUCGCGACUUUGGGAUAGCUCAGGGAAAGGAAUGUCUUGAAGAAAACAUAAAGAAAUACCUUCAAGAUAAGAGUGUGCCAGUGUUGUUUUUACCCGAGGGAACUCCUACCAAUGGAUCAGGGAUUCUAAAAUUCAGAACUUUUCCAUUCUCACUGAAGGCUCUGGUCCUACCAGUUAGCAUCUCAUACACAAGAUGGCCCCUCACAAUGCCUGUGUCUACAAUAAACAGUACAAGACUGAGUGAAUGUUUCUGGAUCCUCUUCUACCCAUACACUAUAUUCAAACUCCGGUUCUUGGAACCAGUGGAACAAGAGGAGAAGGAGACUGCGGAGCAGUUUGGGGAGCGAGUGAGGAAGAAAAUUGCUGAAAGUUUGGGAGUUCCAGCAACCAAUUACACUGCAGGAGAUAAAACAGAGUACCUCAAGCGCCUCGCCGCUGAUCAGGCAAAUCUAGCCGAACGCGCUAGGCAGGCAGCUCUUGCAUCACAAAGUCAAAGAGACAAUGGCACAACAGAAAGUAGGUUAAGUGGAGACAUCCUAGCUAAUGUCAGUCCAGAAAUUAAAAGGAUGGCUCAGCUGGUGAAAGAUGUGUUGCCUACCGCACCAAUGCCUCAAAUAAUCAAAGAGCUUGAGACAACCAAAGAUGUAGACACAACAAUUACAAAUAUUUUGGAAGGAAGCGCAUCCGUGGAUACGAAGAAAUCAGAUACGAAAAAGUCAUCGAAUAUUGAUGAUAUAAAAACAAGCAUAUGUGCAUCUCAGCAAAAAUAUAAAUCUACCGUAUUCUCACGGACAGCCCCAGAUCGCCAACUAUCUCUGGAAGAACGGAAGAAACUGAUGAUGGCCACGGCGAGACAGCGUUACAAGGAGAAACAUGGCUUAUUGUGAUCACGACUUACUUACAUUGACUUUGGUGCUUCUCGUUUUCUAUGAGAGUUUUAUAUUACUGACCUUACAACAGGAUGUGGUUGUCCAAAUGUCACCUCGGUCGGUGGAUCAUGUGUUGGUACAGUGUUCAAGUGUCUCCACACUGAGGUCGCCGAGAUCGGACAGGUUGUCUCCACUCACAGGACAGCUUGCAGCAAUCCUACAGGACCUAUGUCGCUCAUGUCAUCGCUCAUUUCACGGGUUAUAUAUAUACCGCUCGUAUCUUCACCCGCAUUUCAGGUCUCGGAUCAUUCAGGAAAUAUAUGGCUCGUAUCUUUACCCUGCACCUCAGGUCUCGGGGAUCAUUCGGGAAAUUUACCGCUCGUAUCUUCACCCGCAUUUCAGAUCUCGGGGAUCAUUCAGGAAAUAUACCGCUUAUAUCUACACCAACAGUAUUGGUUGCAAUGAUCAUACAUAAAUCUAGGUUUUCAGUAUAGAAAACUUGUAUUGUAAUCCACUACUGUUUUAAGAUGACAUUUCCUCAACCUCGGAGUGUUUCUCCUGUCACAAUUCAGUGACUUGUAGAUGAUGAAGUACAGAUUUGAUAGAGUGGAAUAUUUCCUAUAUUGGAGUAUAUAUACUGGUGACCACUGUGAUGUGGGGAACAUUCUUAUACAGAAAAAUGUCCUGGAUAGCUAGCAUGUUAAAAUAAUUUUCAUUACCUUCUUAUUUACCGUCGUUGAUGUGAAAUGGGGAUAUGGUGAAAAGAUUUACGCUCUCCAACUGGAGAUUUUUCUCGUCUUGUUUUAGUUGAUUAUCGGUUGGCUUCCACUGGAAGAAGGUCUCUUCAACAUUUUAAUUGUAGGGUAACAGUUACUUGGGGCCUGUUCGUUUAUGCGGACAAACCGGUUUGUCAGUUUUUAAAUGUAAUAUUUCAAACAUCUUGACGGACCUGAACAUGUUAAUACAGACCUUGGGAGUCUUUGUCAAGGCUCGUCUAAAAACACUUUAAAAUCACCAGGUCCGUCUUUACUUCAUUAACAAACAACACCGAUCCAACUGGUCCAACCGUUUGGACCGCAAUAACGAAAAUGGCCUGAAACUUGUUCCGAAAAUAGGCCAUGUGAACUGUACUGAAUAGAAGUCACAUGACUUGUACAGGAUAAAGGUCACAUGACCUGUAUUGAAUACAAGUCACAUGACUUGUACAGGAUAAAGGUCACAUGACCUGUACUGAAUACAAGUCACAUGACUUGUAUAGGAUAUAAGUCACAUGACCUGUACUGAAUACAAGUCACAUGAAUUGUACUGAAUAUAGGUCAUAUGACUUGUACAUGAUACAGUUCACAUGACUUGUACUAAUUAUUAUAGGUCACAUGACUUGUACAGGAUAUAGGUCACAUGACUUUAUACAUUGUAUGCGGGUCACUUUGAAAUGUACAGGAUUUGAAUGUACAAAAAUCAUUUUUAAAUGUCAUCAUAGAUUGAUUAAUGUAUACACAACAAACAUUUACAUUUGUAUAUUGGUACAAGAAUAUUUCUGUAACAUGUAUGUUUGUGCAUUGGACAUGAUGAUAAAUUGACUCAGUGCUGUGUAACAUUAUUAUCACCCAUUCAUAGACUUCCAAUAAAUAUUUGUCAUGUAUUUUAGUGCUGGGAACGAUCCACUAUUUAAGAUAAAAUAUCUGAUCCUCAGAAGAGGUCAUUAAUCAAAUUAAGAAGAAAAGCUGAAUAUAAGAUUAAUGUUGACUGGAUUACUGAGGUUUCAGAUUGAACAUUCCAUCAUACAAUCAUUUAUCACUAAGGUUUGCAGGUGUUUGUAGUAAUAUGUAAAAUACAGACGAAAAUAGGGGUGGGAACAAGAUCUAGAGGGACAGGGAUUUAGUAAAACCAUAAAUGUAAUUUACAAGUACUUUUAAAUCCGUGCAGAGGCUAUGAUAAAAUGGUUCCUGGAACAAAGGGUACAUCUUAAUACAAUUAUCAUGAUAUUACUGCACAUCUUAAGUGUUUGUCAAAGGGUGUGUGUUGCAAGUUGCAACGUAUCACUUUGUUCUGCCCGGUUGUACUAGUUUAAUUGUUGUAAUAAAGCGUUUUGAGUUCUAACCGGAGGACACACGCACAUAUAUAUAUGGACAGGGUUGUCGGACUUACUCGUAUAAACAUAAAUGAUGUUAUAUUCUAACAGUGAGGAUAAAUCAAGGCAAGAUUUUUGGCAAGACCUUCUCUUUUAUCAACAAACACGAUUUGUGCUAGGUAUUUUAUAAAUAGGGUCAUUUGUAGAUAAAAUCAAAAUGAACUCCUCACCCUCUUUUACUAUCAUAGUGAUGUGUAUCCUGCAGAGUAUUGUUAUGUGGAAUUUUAUAAUUAAUAUUAUUGCUUUGACCCUUAACGGAAGAAUACAAAAUAUUACUUUGCAAUAACAUUACAUCGCCAAUAUUUUUUUUCACUUUUCAGUGAAAUAUAGUCCUUUGUGAAAUUAAUUAUGUAAAUAAAAAUUCCUAAGGGAUUAAGGGUUCUGCAGAAUCAGUUGUACAAUUGCGACAUUGUAUAUUUGUGCCAAUCAUAUUCAUAUACAUGUAUUGACUUUUUAAUUACCAGUUAUCUCCCUUUGAACUUUCAUUUCACAGUUGUCUCCCCUUUAAAAGUAGGUCUUCUAGUAUAUCAUUUAUUUACAGUAAGAAAAGUAUUUAAUUUUCUUUCUUCUCCCUGAUUUACUAGGUUAAGUUAAUCUUAGCUAGGAUAAGGUAAUCCUGUUGGUUUUUAUCUGGUAUCUGAUGAUUUUUUUUGUAUAAUAACUGAUGAUUUUUGUAUAAACUGAUGAUUUUCUGUGUUAAAUAUAAUAUUCAUGAACGAAUAUGCCUCAUUCCUUAAUGAAACCUCAUUAUUUGAUCAGGUAAGUUAGCAAUACAUUACAGUUCAUAUUAGAUUUAUAUUAUUAACUUAAGUGCUUGACCCUAUACAUACUCUACCCAACAUUUAAAAAAAAUAAACAUUUUAAAGAACCUUUAAAAUGCAAGGAUCUUCUACUAGCACUGAAGGACACACAGAAGCGGCUUCAUUGAAGAAGGGAUUUCCAGCUGAAAACGGAGAUUAUAAGCUUAUUUUCCAAAAUAUUUCAAUCAUUUGUACAUAUGCUGCAUUAUAAUCUGUUAAUUCAACUCUGUGUCCAAUCAUUUAAGAAGAUAUGAUUAUACUUCGGACUUGUAUUGUUCAAUGAAUAUUUCAUAUCAAGGUUCAUGAUUGUCUUUGUUUAAUGUAAAGGUUAUGUGAUAAUAACUUCCACAAAUUAUCAUUACCGGUAAUUAAAAUCGGACCAUGAUUUACUAUCCAUGCAUAAUUUUGUCCACUGCAAAUUAUGAUUUUAAAGUAUAUUUAGUUAAUUGUCCUUUUUUAUUAUAAAAAUUAUUUAUUAAGAAGGUUUCAGCUAAAAAUAUCAUGGAACUGUGAUGGGAGACAAUUUUUUUUUGCCAAAAUAGUAAUGUAAAUGUGGAUUUGAAUUGAUGAAUAAAUUCAUAUACGUAUGUAUUAAAAUUGACCUGUUUAAUUUACCAAGUGUGACGGCUCUGAAGUAAGGCAAAUGGAUGAACAUUAUAUGUUUGUGCUUCUCGGUUGUAUAAGAUGUCACCUUUUCUUAUUUCUCAAUAUUAAAACAAGAUUCAGUGAUUUUCUUGUAAAAUUGGUAACAGCAUCGCCAUUAUCUGCCAUGAUUACUGGUAAUGUUGAUCACUAAUUAAAACACUAGUGGCUCCUUGAAACUGGAUAGAAAAUCAUAAUUGAUUAAUGGUUAAACUAAUUAUCAAUUAUUUAAUUGGUUAAAAAAAUAUGGAAAUCACAUUUUGUCAGGUUUCAUCAAAAAGCAAGAGUGAAAUUCACAAUAAGGACAUUAUUACUUGUUAUUAUUCGACGAUUGCUAAUCAAAAUAAAAGAAAAUCAGCUGAAAAAGUAAGACAGAAGUUUUAAAUGUUUACACCCCGGUCUCUUGAAUGUAUGUUGAGUUUUUCUUGCCAGUGUGCCUGUCAAUCUGACAUCUUGGUUAGAUAUUGUGUUUAGCUCCAUUUCUCCGAUGCCACAAGACCCAUAGUCGUCAAACAAAAUCUAAUGGUAUAUCUGUAGGUUUGCCACAUGUGAUAUACAGUAUGACCUUGACCCAAAUUUUCUAACUCAAAUUUUGCAUAUUUGCCCCUACUUCGAAGCUGGGGUGAGUGGGGGGGUUAUUUUGCUUUGCAUUUUAUAGUUUCAUCUGAAAACGGUAUCAAUUUUCAAGUGAAUUCACAAUAUUAUGUCGGUUACAGUUCAUAUUGUAAAGGUAGAUGGAUGAGUUUUUACCUGUAAUGCUCAUCACAACAGGUAACUAAAUCUACCGAGGCAUGAUGCAUUUAUGUCAGUAAAUAUACAUGUACAUGUACCAUAAUUAUCCAGCAAUAAGCCCAUGCCUGGUAAUAAGUCCAUGUCGGGUAAUAAGUCAAUGCCAGAUAAAAAGCCACUGUCUGAUCCUAUGCCUAUACUUGGUAAACAGCCCCCAUGUCUGGCAUUAAGCCCAUGUCUGGUCAUAAGCCCACGUCUGGUAAUAAGCCCACGUCUGGUAAUAAGCCCAUGCUGGAUAAUAAUUCCAUGGCUGGUAUGAAGCUCAUGUUGGCUAAUAAGCUCAUGUCUGGUCAUAAGCCCAUGUCUGGUAAUAAGCCCAUGCUGGAUAAUAAUUCCAUGGCUGGUAUGAAGCCCAUGUUGGAUAAUAAGCUCAUGUCUGGCAUUAAGCCCAUGUCUGGUCAUAAGCCCAUGCUGGAUAAUAACUCCAUGGCUGGUAUGAAGCCCAUGUUGGCUAAUAAGCUCAUGUCUGGUCAUAAGCCCACGUCUGGUAAUAAGCCCAUGCUGGAUAAUAAUUCCAUGGCUGGUAAUAAGCCCAUGUUAGCUAAUAAGCUCAUGUCGGGUAAUAAGCCCACCAUUUUUUGAUGUUCAGUAAAAUAACAACAUUCUUGUCCUGUAACAAGCCCCUCCUCUGAGUUCCGAGGUCAUUUGUGCCCUGGGCUUAUUGUUGGAUAAAUAUGGCCAUUGCUGUCAUGGGUAAUGAAGUGUAUAGUUAUAUCCAUAAUGGUAAAAACAUGUAUAUAAUUUUCAUUCAACAUUAACCAGUGGACGUGACAUUUAGUGAAAGUAUUAGGAUUUUUUUUUUUUAUAUUAAUUCUCAAAAUUGAAAUUUUUAAACUUGAAUUUAUUUCUGUAGUGUAAAUACAGAGAUUUUGUCACCAAGU